AACAGAACUGCAGAAUUCCCUCUCCCUUCUUCUCUGAAGCAGUCGAGAAUCCAGAUCCUCUCUCUGAAAUCAGGCCUUUCCAUUUUCGUUCUUUCGAGUUAUCGUUCUCAUAAUCCUCUCUCACCCAUGGCGGAUGCUGUUGCUAACAUUCACAUUACUGUUUAUGCAUGAUGGGUAUGGCUCAAUUUCUCAGUCUCCAUCUCUCCACGUUUGAUCAGAUCAUCCACUGAAGAUUUAUCGAAAUUAGAUGGAAGUUUUAAUCUCUGAUGGGGACUGCUCUCUUUAAAAUCGAAAGGGAAAUUCGUCCGCUCAAUCUUGCUCCGGCGAGCUCUGCAUUGUAGACAUUGUCCGCUGUUCAAGUCGCUCAAGAAUUCCGGCCUACGGCUUUUUGUCCUCUUGCAGAGUUUGUUUUUAAUAAUGGAGGCGAAACCAAAGAGGAGAGCCGCUGCAGAGAAUGGGGAAACUGCAGAAGACCUGGUCCUCGCAACAUUAAUUGGGAAUGGUGAGGAUCUUGGUCCAAUUGUUAGACAUGCAUUUGAAAUGGGCCGGCCAGAAACCCUUCUUCAUCAGCUGAAGAACGUUGUAAAGAAGAAAGAAGUUGAAAUCGAGGAGUUGUGCAAGACCCACUAUGAGGAAUUUAUCCGUGCUGUUGAUGAACUUCGUGGGGUAUUGGUUGAUGCUGAAGAGCUGAAGGCUGAACUAUCAACUGGUAAUUUUAAAUUGCAAGAGGUUGGCAGUGCACUUUUGAUUAGACUCGAAGAGCUUCUUGAAUGUUAUUCAAUAAAACAAAAUGUGACUGAAGCCAUCAAAAUGUCCCAGAAUUGUGUUCAGGCGCUUGAUCUCUGUGUGAAGUGCAAUGAUCAUAUUUCUAAAGGCCAGUUUUACCCUGCAUUGAAAACUGUCGAUCUGGUUGAGAAGAAUUACUUGCAGAAUAUUUCUGUCAAGACACUAAGAAUGGUCCUUGAGACAAGAAUUCCUGUGAUUAAAUCUCAUAUUGAGAAGAAAGUGUCUACUCAAUUUAAUGAAUGGCUUGUUCACGUAAGGAGUUCUGCAAAGGUUAUUGGGCAAACAGCUAUAGGCCAUGCAGCAACUUCUCGUCAAAAAGAUGAGGAAAUGUCAGAACGUCAGAGGAAAGCUGAAGAACAGAACAUUGGAGGGCUAGGAGAUUUUGCAUAUACUUUAGAUGUUGGUGAUGUUGAUGAGGACUCCACUCUUAAGUUUGACCUAACACCUCUCUAUCGGGCAUAUCACAUUCAUACAUGUCUUGGGAUCCAAGAGCAAUUUCGUGAAUAUUACUACAGGAAUCGAAUGUUGCAGCUUAAUUCCGACUUGCAGAUUUCCUCUAGUCAGCCGUUUAUUGAAUCCUAUCAAACCUAUUUAGCUCAAAUUGCAGGAUAUUUUAUAGUGGAGGAUCGUGUUAUGAGGACUGCGGGAGGGCUAUUGUCAGCUGAACAGGUUGAAGCAAUGUUGGAAACUGCUGUCGGCAAGGUGACAUCAAUGCUGGAGGUACAGUUUUCCCUCAUGGAUUCUGCAACUCACCUUCUCCUGGUGAAGGAUUAUGUUACUCUUCUAGCAUUUACUCUUAGACAAUAUGGAUAUGAAGUUGGCCCAGUUCUUGAGACUCUGAAUAAAAGCCGGGACAAAUACCACGAGCUUCUUUUGGAAGAGUGCCGGCAACAGAUUGUGGAUGUUCUUGCUAAUGACUCCUAUGAGCAGAUGGUUAUGAAAAAAGACAGUGAUUAUGAAAAUAGCGUUCUUGCUUUUAAUCUCCAGACUUCUGAUAUAAUACCUGCGUUUCCAUAUAUAGCACCAUUUUCUUCCACUGUUCCUGAUGUCUGCCGCAUUGUGAGGUCCUUCAUUAAAGGGUGUGUUGAUUACUUGUCCUACAGUGCACAUUCUAAUGUUUUUGAUGUUGUGAAGAAAUAUUUGGAUAGGCUCCUAAUUGAUGUUUUAAAUGAAAUAAUACUCAAUAUUAUUCAUAGCGCGUCCAUUGGUGUUUCUCAAGCCAUGCAAAUUGCUGCAAAUAUAACUGUUCUGGAAAGAGCCUGUGACUAUUUCCUUAGGCAUGCAGGUCAGUUAUGUGGGAUGCCUGUUCGAUCUGUAGAGAGGCCACAAAGCGGUUUUGCUGCAAAAGUUGUUCUUAAAACUUCGAGGGAUGCGGCUUAUAUAGCAUUAUUGACUUUGGUGAAUACCAAGUUAGAUGAGUUUAUGGCUCUUACAGAGAAUAUUGCUUGGACAUCCGAGGAGAUUACGACAAAUGCAAAUGACUAUAUAAAUGAAGUGCUUAUUUAUCUAGAUACUUUACUGUCCACUGCGCAACAGAUUUUACCUAUGGAAGCUCUGUACAAGGUCGGGAGUGGAGCACUUGACCAUAUCUCAAACUCUAUAGUUUCAGCUUUUCUUAGCGACAGUGUCAAAAGGUUUAAUGCGAAUGCAGUCAUGAUUGUCAACAAUGAUCUGAAAAUGCUGGAAGCUUUUGCGGACGAGAGAUUCCACAGCACGGGAUUGAGUGAAAUUUACAAAGGAGGUAGUUUCCGAAGCUACUUAAUUGAGGCCCGACAAUUGAUCAACCUUUUGCUGAGCACUCAGCCUGAGAACUUCAUGAAUCCGGUGAUAAGAGAGAGGAACUACAACAUGUUGGAUUAUAAGAAGGUCGCUAGUAUAUGCGAGAAGUUUAGGGAUUCUCCUGAUGGGAUCUUUGGCAGCCUUUCAAGUAGAAAUACAAAGCGAGACACUCGCAAGAAAUCAAUGGAUGUGCUGAAGAAAAGACUGAAAGAUUUUAACUGAGGCUCGAAGAUUGUCUGCAGUGGGAGUAGAAGAUUUCUUUCUCAUAUUUAUUGAAUACCUGUACAGAUGUUUUUGCUGCUAGAUUUUGUUUGGAUGAUCUAUAUUAUUGGAUUUAGUGCCUAAAUCUUUAGGUAAUAAAGCCGUGGCUCUUCUUCAUGCUUGAAGUUGCAGUAUGAAUCAAUGGAAGAAAUCUUUGGUCAGUGCCCUUCGUUGCAUCA